UAAAACACCGAGCGGCUUCACGCGGACGCAUCAGACAGUCCGUCCGCGCGCACAGAGCGACAGCAGCAGCAGCCGCAGCUCCCGUAGACACCGACUCGCGUCUCAUUGAUACAUUCUGGGUGUUAAAUACCGACGAGAACGAUGGUCUGAAGAGAUUUAGGCGACCAAUUCGUGAAUGUAAUUCCAUUACAUUCAUCUGAUCAGCGCGCGUAAAGGGCCGCUUUGGUUUCGCCGUCUCCUCAGUCGCCUUCUCUCUGAGAGAUACAAGUGCCCAUGCGAUUCUUCAGACUCACCUUUAAGUGUUUCGUGGAUUGUUUUUGAAGGUGCUGUUUCAAAUCGGUGUCAUUUUCUUUUAUGGUCUAUUAUUUCAUUUCCAAACGCGCUUUUUGAUCAAACAAACCAAUAAUACCGUUGCCAAUUACGCCGAGAGACUCAAACUGCCAUCCCUUGUAACCGUUUGACAUCGAGAAGAAACGGAAAAUACAUUCGUAAAGAAUAACACUGCUGGUUUUAUUAAAUAAAAGGAUAAAGGACCAGAUCCUGUGCACCUGAAGAGGGACAAAAGGGACGUCUUGGUGUGAAUAAAAGAAACUGACUUCAUCCAAGAACAAUAAGAGAUCAAAUCUUUAUUUCUGACUGCUGAUUUAAGCCCUUCUCGAGUCUCGUGAGGAGGUUCGUUUGCUUUGUUUACACGAGAGAUGGAGAAAUCCUCUCUGGACGCAGACUGCUGCGCCCUGAACUCGGUCCUGGUGGAGGAGAAGAAGGGCCAUCUCAUUCCCAAUGGAAACACGCAUCAAGGCGUCAAUGGGACCCUCAACGGCGGGCCCAUAUCAGCCGCCGCUGGAGCCAUAUCGUCGGCGGCGGCGGCGGAGAAGAAGCAGGGCUUCCCCGAGCGAGAGACGUGGAACAGACAGAUGGACUUCAUCAUGUCCUGUGUGGGGUUCGCCGUGGGGCUGGGGAACGUCUGGCGCUUCCCGUACCUGUGCUACAAAAAUGGUGGAGGAGUGUUCCUCAUUCCCUAUGUGUUGUUCAUAUUUCUGGGAGGCAUUCCGAUAUUCUUCCUGGAGAUUGCGCUGGGUCAGUUUAUGAAGGCUGGAAGCAUCAAUGUGUGGAACAUUGCACCUCUUUUUAAAGGACUUGGCUUCGCCUCCAUGGUGAUUGUGUUCUUCUGUAACACGUACUACAUCAUGGUACUUACCUGGGGUUUCUACUACUUGAUUAAGUCCUUCAAUUCCACGCUGCCCUGGUCCACCUGCGACAACCCGUGGAACACCGAAAACUGCAUCGAGAUCUUCCGCCACGACGACUGCCAGAACGGCACCAUUGGCAACUCAACAUUUGGAAACCUGACGUGCGAAGAGCUUGCUAACGGGCGUUCCCCUAUCAUUGAAUUCUGGGAUCUUUCUCUAUUGCUGUAUUUCACAGGAGUGUUCCUCAUUCCCUAUGUGUUGUUCAUAUUUCUGGGAGGCAUUCCGAUAUUCUUCCUGGAGAUUGCGCUGGGUCAGUUUAUGAAGGCUGGAAGCAUCAAUGUGUGGAACAUUGCACCUCUUUUUAAAGGACUUGGCUUCGCCUCCAUGGUGAUUGUGUUCUUCUGUAACACGUACUACAUCAUGGUACUUACCUGGGGUUUCUACUACUUGAUUAAGUCCUUCAAUUCCACGCUGCCCUGGUCCACCUGCGACAACCCGUGGAACACCGAAAACUGCAUCGAGAUCUUCCGCCACGACGACUGCCAGAACGGCACCAUUGGCAACUCAACAUUUGGAAACCUGACGUGCGAAGAGCUUGCUAACGGGCGUUCCCCUAUCAUUGAAUUCUGGGAGAACAAGGUUCUGAACAUCUCUGAUGGGCUGGAUGAGCCAGGCGUCAUUAACUGGGAACUGAUGCUGUGUCUUAUGGCCGUGUGGGUGAUGGUUUACUUCUGUGUGUGGAAGGGGGUGAAGUCAACAGGAAAGAUUGUGUAUUUCACUGCCACGUUCCCGUAUGUGGUCCUGAUUAUUCUCCUGGUGAGGGGCGUCACACUUCCUGGUGCUUAUGAUGGGAUCAUGUACUAUGUCAAACCUGAUUGGUCUAAGCUAGGAGAGGCACAGGUCUGGAUCGAUGCUGGUACUCAAAUCUUUUUCUCCUAUGCUAUCGGGCUCGGGGCCCUCACGGCCCUCGGCAGCUAUAACCGAUUCAACAAUGACUGCUAUAAGGACGCUUUUGUUCUGGCUCUUAUUAAUAGUGGCACCAGUUUCUUUGCUGGUUUCGUGGUCUUCUCCAUCUUAGGUUUCAUGGCAUCCGAGCAAGGUGUGGACAUCUCUAAAGUGGCUGAAUCAGGCCCCGGUUUGGCAUUCAUAGCGUACCCUAAAGCUGUUUCUCUGAUGCCCGUGGCUCCGGUGUGGGCUGCCCUAUUCUUUGUCAUGUUGCUACUGCUGGGACUGGACAGUCAGUUUGUUGGUGUGGAGGGUUUCGUAACUGGCAUUCUUGAUCUUUUCCCUGGAAAGUAUUACAUGCGCUAUCAGCGUGAAAUCGCUGUGGCGAUCUGCUGUUUAUUAUGCUUCAUUAUAGAUCUCUCCAUGGUUACACAGGGAGGGAUGUACGUCUUCCAGCUUUUUGACUACUACUCAGCCAGUGGAAUUACCCUACUGUGGCAAGCAUUCUGGGAAUGCGUGGUUGUCGCGUGGGUUUAUGGUGCUGACAGGUUCAUGGACGAUAUUGCCCGUAUGAUCGGUUACCGGCCAUUCCCGUGGAUGAAGUGGUGCUGGUCCAUUAUAACUCCAUGUGUUUGCAUGGUGAGUGCUGGAAAAUAUACCUGUCAGUAUUUAUGCCAUUUAACCCUUGUGUUGUGUUCAAAAACUCGAUAUAACUUUUGUGUUUCAACUCUACUCACUCUCCUCACGUGA